CUUCGUCAGGACUCAAACAGUCGAAGAAUCCGAAGGUCUGAGUCCUACCUAGUUAUGGUCUCGUCAGAAAACUGCUGAAAUUUUUUCCACUUCCCUAACAAAAUUUCCUUUUCCUUUUCCGACUCUUACUUUGAUUUCUUCCCCUUUCCCCAGGAAAAAGUGACGAGCUUUCAAGUUCAAACUCCCCAAUAAAUAAAGGGGGAAAAAAUAGAACAGCCAAAAGAUUCAAACCCAACUUCAUACCACCAGCAGCCAAGGUCGCAACUUUUUUGUUCCCCCAAUCUAUUUGUUUCCAUGUAUGUUGUUCGCCAACCCUGUCAUUGUUUUGCCUUGCUUAGUAUUGGGUUUCCUCUGGUUUCAAGUUCCCAGCAUUCUAUCGCUUGUGCGUCGACAAAAUAGUGUCGGGAUUCUGAUUUCUCAGAGUGUUUCGGUUACGUGUUGGAGUAAAUACCUGACUGAAAAUUUGAACCCUUUGUUUCACCGUCUGUGUCUAUCUAUCUAUCUAUCUUCGCCCAUCAGGGUUCCUAGUUUGUUAAUGUCUACUUUUACGUGUCCUGCAGAAGCAUUAUUGAUCGACUAAGAUCACAAGUUCGAAAACUACAAUUCCUCUCUUCAAUGGGUGGGGUUCUAUGCUGCUUUGAUGUCGCUGAUAGCCCAACACAAGAUGAUAACGUCAACUACAGGGAGCGAUCUUCAGAGAAACCCAGCGCCCUUUUCAUGGAGCGUGGAAGCCAAAACAGAAUGUCUAGCAAGGAAGAAGGAGUAGAGGUUAUUUACCCCUCAAAGGCUACUGCUCCGGACUAUUACUUUCCCCCAUCAGGUGCAGUGGACGAGUGCCCCAUAUGCCUUGAAGAGUAUGAUAGCCAGAAUCCGAGGACUGACAUGCAAUGUAAGCAUUAUUUUCAUCUUCCCUGCGUACUGGAGUGGGCGCAGAGAAGUGCAGCAUGCCCAAUAUGCAACAAGGAGUUUGUAUUUGAUGAAGGAAACUGAAGAGAGAAUAAUAAAAAAGAGCCUACUCA